AUGGUUGGUCAAUUUAUUCCAUCAAGUGGGAAUAAAUCAUUUAUAUUAUCAUGGGGAAUAAGAGAAAGUAGAGAAAUAUCUUUACAGAAAGGAUAUAUAAAUAUUCAAAAAAUCGCUGAUCAUUUACAUUUAUCAAGUCAACAUAUAGAAGCAGCUCAAAGAAUUUAUUUAAUGGCAUUACAGAGAAAUUUUACUAUGGGAAGAAAUAAUUCUUAUGUUGCUGCUUCUUGCUUAUACACUAUUUGUAGGAGAGAAAAGUCUCCAGUAAUGUUAAUUGAUUUUAGUGAUAUUUUACAAACACCUGUAAAACCUUUAGGAAAAACGUUUUUAAAACUAUUAAGAUUAUUGCAUAUCAAUGUUCCAAAUAUUGAUCCUUCUCUAUUUUUGGAAAGAUUUGCUCAUAAACUUAAUUUAAAAAAUGACAUUUAUAAAGUUACAUAUACAGGAAUCAAGCUUAUUCAAGCUAUGACUAGAGAUUGGAUUAGUACAGGAAGAAGACCUACUGGACUAUGUGGUGCAGCUCUUUUAAUUUCUACUAGAAUACAUGGAAUAUCAAUUAAUUCUAAUACAAUUGCUGAUAUUGUCAGGAUUUCUAAUCCAACUAUAAUUAAAAGAUUGUCAGAAUUUAAAAACACAAAUACUGCUAAAAUUAAAGCUUCUGAAUUUGAUAAAAUUUCUAUAACGGAUAUUCCAUCAAAUAGCAUUCCUCCAUGUGUUAUUUAUGACAAUAAAAAAAAAUUGAAAAAUAAUUUUAUUGAAAAAAAUAAAACCUUAUCAUUAUGUGAUAGCGAAGAACAAGAAAAUAGAAGUAAAAAGUCAAUAUGUGAUGGAGAAAUUUUUAGUGAUGAUAUUUUUUCUCAAAAAAGUAAUGAUGAAAAUAAUUUUAAUAUAAAUAGUGGUAUAAAUGAUGAUAACACUUCUAAUGACAAUAGUUUGUUUCAUAUUGAAAAAUUAUCAUAUAAUAAUCAUACUGAAUAUUCAACUAACAGUAUUGUAAAUGAUGACAAGGAAAAAAACGAGGAAAAUGAGAAAGAAAAAAAAAAUAAUAAUAGUAAUGAUGGAAUAAAUUUAGAGGAAAUUUGCAAUGAAAAUCCUAAAGGAAAUGAUAUAGACAAUUUGGCUUUAAAAAUAAUUAAUACUAUCAAUAUAGAGAAUAAUCCAAACAUACUAAAAAAUGCAAACAAUAAUUUCUUAAUAAAUCGUGAUGAAAAAAUAGACCGUACUACAGAUUUGGAAAAUUGUGAACUUAAAAAGAAAAAAGGAGAAAUUUUUAUGGAUAAUUUCUCUAUGAAAUCUACUACUUCUAUGUGUAGUGUAAAUAAAUUAUCAGACAUGGAAUCAUGUGUUUCUGCAUCUAACUUUUCAGAUAACCUCAACGAAUUAAAUAAAGCUAAAAUAAAUGACGAAAAAAAUUCGUUAAUUAAUGAAGAAAUAAAAAAUAAUGAAAAAAUGAACACAAUCAUUAAUAAUGAUAUUAGUAUUAAUGAUAACGUCAGUUAUAUUAGUAAUAAUAAUGAUAGUAAUAACAAUAUCACUAAAACUAUUCCUAAAAAUUAUAAUAAUAGUAAUUUAUCUACAACGAGCAAUUGUUAUAACGAAACUGCAUGCAUAAAUCUUAGUAAUAUUAUUGAAAAUAAUAGCUCUACUGAUGAUAAAAAAAUUAUUUUACAACAAAAUCAUUUAAAUAAAGAAAAAGAAAUAAUAGAUAGUAGUUAUUGUACUACUUUAAAAGAAACUGUAACUUCUGAAUUAAAUAAUAUCAUAAAUGAAGUAGAAGAAUAUAGUUUUUUAGAAUGUAAUAUUGAAAAUAAAAAUAGAAAUAAUAAAAAAAAUAUGAAUAAUGCUAAUAUUUCAACAGAUUUUAAUUAUUUUUUUGAAAGUAAUUUAAAUUCUAUUAAUGAUCAAAAUACUACAUUUGACGGAAAUUCAGAUGCUUCCAUUAACCAAAAUGAUGAAACUUUGAGUGAUAUAUAUGAUAGCGAAAUAGAAAAUAUGAUUUUAACUGAAAAGGAAAAGGAAAUAAAAAUGUUAAUAUGGGAUGACAUGAUGAAAAAUUAUUUACCACAUAUUUGUAAACAAUUAAAAAGGCAGAAAAAAAGAAAUCAUGAAGAAAAUAAUAAUGAAAAAAAAAAAAUUAGAAAUAAAAAAAAGAAAGUGGAAGAUAUUUCAGAAACUCAAUCAACUGGGGAUUCCGUUUUAAAAGCUCUUGAAAAAUCUGAUAAAAAUUUGCCUAAUAAAAUAAAUUAUGAUGUAUUAAAAUCCCUUUUUUCAUCGUAA